UUAUUAAUUAUAAUUGAAAGAAAUAUUCGCCUACUUUGAUAACAGUGACAUCUGACAUGAUGACAGCCGGUUUUGUCUUUUUGAAUUCAAACCAGAAAUGCCUGAAUUUGAACUGAUCGAUUAUAAUAUAUUGGAGAAAAUUGGGGAAGGGUCUUUUUCCGAGGUAUACCGGGUGAAACACAAGCGAACGGGAGACUACUAUGCGGCGAAGAAACUCACCAAGGUUUAUAUGGAUUCUGCGGAAGCGCUUCAGUGUUCCGAAAUUCAGGUAAUGAAAAUGCUUGACUACCAUCCCAAUGUGGUCAGCUUCGUGGACAUUUUACACGAUGAAUUGAAUGGCAAUGUGACUCUCAUAAUGGAAUUAAUGGAUGAGAGUCUGUACGAUUACAUCAGGGGUCGCAAACGAUGCCUUUCGGAAAAACGUGUAAAAGGUUUCCUGUACCAAAUUGUUUGUGGACUCAAUCAUCUACAUCGAAAUGGAAUAUUUCAUCGGGAUAUCAAACCGGAAAACAUCUUGAUAAAGGCACCCAAUAAGCUUAAAGAGAGUGAGCUGGUUCAAUUGGCGGAUUUCGGAUCGAUUUGCAGUGUGAACCAAGAGCCACCCUAUUCCGCGUAUAUUUCAACCCGUUGGUAUCGUCCCCCCGAAUGUCUGCUAACGUCUGGCUACUAUGGACCGAAAAUGGAUAUCUGGGCUGUUGGCUGUUGUUUCUACGAAAUGUUGACACUCAAUCCGCUGUUUCCUGGGGACAAUGAACUAGAUCAGUUGAAUCUAAUUCACGAAGUGGUGGGAUCUCCUUCGCCGGCAGUAUUAGCUAAGUUCAGACAUUUGAAUGAAAUGAAGUAUGAGUUUCCCAAGCGAAAGCCGAUUGGGUUUCGUAACCUCGUCAAGUUGCUCAGUAACUAUGGGGUGGACGUUUUGAAUCGAACCUUGGCGUAUGCACCAGAAACGAGAAUAAGUGCUGCUAAGCUGCUACAACAUUUAUAUUUCGAGGAUUUGUGUAAAAGGAGAAGUUCAUCCCGAUUAUCCUGCUCCAUGCAGUCUUUAGAUGACGUUGGCGAUGGCAGCAGAGCAAGGAAUGGUUUUCAGAGGAAGGCAUCCAAAUGUCCUAUAAGAAGUACCGAAUCGUUGAAUCAAUCAAUGAAAAGCUGUAGCGCAAAUACAUCGGUCAUCGUUGAUUCGAAACCGAAGCUAACUGUCGAGAUGAUGAAGAACAGGAAUCUAGAACGAAUGUGGGGAAUGAAUCCGGGCCCUGGGAAAAAACGUCUCGGGCUUCAAAUUAGACCCGCUCACCCGUAGUAAAGCCCCUAUCCCUUUUUGUGACAAGUGAUGUAAGAUGGUAUAUUUUUGAUAGGGACACGUUUUCUUAAUGAGCAUUAGUUUAUUUAUUUCGUGAAGCGUUGGUGUCGUUUUAUUGUAAUAAAAUUGAUCAUUUCUCAUAUUUUAAAAUAUAUAUACAAA